UUUUUUUUUUUUCUCUUUAUUAUUCUUAUUAUUUAUUAACACCAUGGAUUAUCGUAGUUACCUUAGCGAUGAAAGCAAGAAUAGACAACCAUCUCCAAUUCGCGCUCUUGCUCCUUUUGUGGCAAGGAAGGGAAUGAUCUCUUUAGGGGCUGGUAACCCUAAUCCAGAUACGUUUCCUUAUGAAAGUAUGCAGUUAACAUUGAAAACAGGUCAAGUUAUUCAAGUGGACGCGGAACACUUCAAGAAAUGUCUCUCAUAUGAUUUGACAAGUGGAUUUAGUCCAUUGAAUCAAUGGUUAAAAGGAUUACAACAAGUGGAACAUAAACCCAAGGUUGAAUUUGGACUUACCAUUGGUGUUGGAUCUCAAGAUCUUAUUACAAAGGCACUUCAAAUGUUCAUCAAUCCUGGUACUCCUAUUUUGGUAGAAAAUCCUACUUAUACCGGUGUAUUAAGCUUUUUGAAAUCACAGCCAUGUCAGCUGGUCGGUGUUUCCACCGAUGCUUCGGGUUUGAUGCCUGAUGAAUUACAACGUAUUCUUCAAGAAUGGCCUAUCCAUGAAAAACCUCGUCCUCGUAUUCUUUAUGUUAUUCCAUCCGGUCAAAAUCCUUCUGGUGUUAGUGCCUCCUUUGAAAGAAAACAAGAGAUUUACUCUAUCUGUCAAAAAUAUGGGAUUUUGAUUCUUGAAGAUGAUCCUUACUACUAUUUACAGUUUCGCAAAGAUCGUAUCCCUUCCUAUUUAUCCAUUGAUGUAGAUGGUCGUGUUCUUCGUUUUGAUAGUUUGAGCAAGAUUCUCUCUUCUGGUUUACGUAUUGGUUUUGCUACUGGUCCUCAAGUAUUGAUAGAUCAAAUCAAUAUACAUUCACAGUCAACAAAUUUACAACCUUCUGGUAUAUCACAAUUGGCAGCCUAUGAAUUAUUGGAAAAGUGGGGAUAUGAUGGAUUCGAUGCUCAUGUAAGAAAAGUGUCAUCAUUUUAUGAAGACAAGGCCAAGGCGUUUAUUGAAUUAUUGGAACGGCAUAUGAAAGGUUAUGCUGAAUGGGAUAUUCCGGAUAGUGGCAUGUUUGUUUGGAUGAAAUUACUUGGUGGUAUUACGGAUUCAAAGGAAGUGAUCAUGACAAAAGCAACAGCAAGAAAUGUAGUGGCUGUUCCUGGUGAAGCCUUUUUACCUAAUGGUGGGAUGACACCUUAUGUCAGAUUAUCGUUUAGUAAUGUAUCCUAUGAAGAAGCGGAUGAAGCUUUACGUCGUCUUGCCAUAGUCAUUCAAGAAGAAGCUGCUCUCAAUGGGGUAACAAUAGAAAAUCAUUAGUUUCUAUAUCAACUAGUUUUUCCUGUAUUUUACGACUGGAUUUCCUUUUUUGUUUUUGAUGAACAAUAAAAAUGUCAGGAUAUGAACUCAGCU